AUGUCUUAGCUUGCUUCAAUUGGUAUAGACUUUGGAAGUCAAAGAUCAGUUAUUGCUGCUGCUCUUAGAGGUGGUGUAAAGAUUUUAGACAACGAAGGAGCUCAUAGAGAAACAUAAAAUGUUAUAGGAUUUACUGCUGAAGAACGAUUUAUAGGUGAAUAAGGUGCACUACAAUAGAAGUCUAAUUUCAAAAAUUCUAUUGGAUUCUUUAAUAGAUUUCUAGGAAUUCAAGGAAAACAAGCUUUUAGAGCUGAGGAAUAGAAAUGGUUGACAGUUCCUACUUCAAUCCAUGAAUCUGGAAAAACAUUAUUUGAAGUCACUUACCUUGGAUAAAAGGCUAACUUCACUCCUGAAUAGGUAACAGGCACAAUGCUAAAUAAAUUGAAGAAUAUUAUCUAACUAAACGACAUCAAUAUUUAAUCAAGUAAUGUAUGUAUAAGUGUUCCUGCAUAUUAUACAGAAUCUGAAAGAAAAGCACUUAUUGAUGCUUGUAAAAUAGCAGAUAUUCCAUUAGAGAGAUUGUUAAAUGAAACAACUGCUAUAGCAAUAAAUUAUGGGUUGUUUAGAAAAACAGAUUUAGAUCCAGAGAAACCUAGAAAUGUAGCAUUUGUUGAUUUAGGUCAUUCUAAAUUUUCAGCAUUUGUGGGAUCAUUCUAUAAAGAAAAAGCUUAAGUUUUGGCUUAGGUUUGCGAAAGAAAUUUAGGUGCAAGAGAUAUUGAUUGGGCAUUAUUUGAGAAAUUUGCAACUCAAUUUGAAAAAUAAACAAAUGGAUUAAGUGUUAGAAAAAAUGCUAAAGGAAGAUUACGUUUAUUAGAAGCAAUAGAGAAAGCUAGAAAAGUUUUGUCUGCUAAUUCAGAAGCUUAAAUUCAUGUUGAAUAUUUAGUUGAAGAUGAAGAUUUCAAUACUCUAAUAAAAAGAGAUGAAUUUGAAUAAUUAGCUUAACCUGUUUUAUUAUAGAUAUAAACAUAGCUUGAAUUAUUGUAUAAUUAAGUUCAAAACUUAAAAUUAUAAUUACAUUCAGUUGAAAUUGUAGGAGGUGCAACUAGAAUACCAGCUGUAUAAAGAUUAAUUGAGAAGAUAUUCAAAAUAGAAUAAGUAUCAAGAACAUUAAAUGCAAGUGAAUCAAUUUCAAGAGGAUGUGCAAUGAUGGCUGCAAUGAGAAGCCCUAAUUUUAGAGUUACUGAAUAUAAAAUUGAAGAUUGUAAUUAUUAUCCAAUAAGAGUUGGUUGGCUUUAUGAUCAAAAUUUAAAUAAAUUAGAUUAAAGUAAAGGAUUAGUGAAAUGUUUUCCUGAAAAAUAAUGUAAAAUAUUGUUUGAAUAAAAUAAUCCAAUUCCUUGUAUCAAGAGUUUUGCCUUAAUGAAAACUUAACCAAUUUAAAUAACUCUUUUUUAUGAUCCAGUACCCCAAGGAUUUGAUCCAAUUAUAUGUAAAUCUAAAUAAUUAAUAUUUUCUAGAAUAAAUACAGAUUCCUCCUUUAGUUGCUAAACAUAAAGAACAUUCAACUAAAAUUAAAAUUUUACUUAAUUAAAAUGGUCUCUUAAAUUUAGAAGAAGUGGUAUUCCUAGAAGAAUUUAUGGAAGAUGUAAAAGUACCUGUAAAUAUUCAAAUUUUAAACUUAGGUUGAAAAAUAAAAGACAACUAUACCUUAAAAGUAAGACGAAGGGUAAUAGCAACAAUAAGAUACAUAAAUAAAAGAGGAACCUAAAGUAGAAGAAACUUAAUAUGAAAUUAAAUAAAAAAAGAAAACAAUACAAAAUUAAGUCAACUGUGAGGUUUCUUCUUUCUAUUCUUUAACAAAGAAAGAGAUUGAUUAUUAUUUCUAAUAAGAAUGUGAAAUGCUUAAUACUGAUAAUCAAGUUCAUGAAACUUAAUUCAAAAAAAAUUAAUUAGAAUCGUAUAUUUAUGCUUGGAGAGAAAAUUUGAAUGGAAAAUAUGCAGAAAAUGCUACACCAGAAUUAAAAGAUAAAAUUUUUAAAGAAUUAGACCUUCAAUAUGAAUGGUUAUAUGGUGAAGGCUAAAAAAAUACAAAGAGAUAAUAUUCAGAUAGAUAUGAUAAACUUGUUUAAUUAUGUGGUCCAAUAGCCACAAUAGCAGAUGAAUACAGAUAAAUACCUGAAGUCAUUUAAUAAGUUUUACAAUAUUGUUUAAUUUAUGAAAACUUUGUAAAUUCAUAAGUAUGUAAUUAAUAAAUAUUAAAGGAUUUAUAAUAUGCUCAUAUUUAGUAAGAAGAAAAAAUUCUUGUGGCUAAUGAAUUAAAAACUUUCAAAUAAUGGUGCAAUAAUACAUUAGAUUUAUUUAGCAAAGCUGAUAAAACAGUUAAAUUUGCAAUUUCAGUUUAAUAGAUUAAUGCUAAAUAUGCAGAAUUAUAACAUGUAAGUGAUUUAUAAUAUCAAAUAGAAAUGUCAACCAAUUGUAACUAAACCUAAACCAGAACCCAUAAAGGAAGAAAAGAUUAUCAAUGACACUAAAUAAUAAUAAUAAAAUAAUGAUAAUAAGAUGGAAACUGAAUGA